AAUCGCAUUGUUAGCCUUGCUGCUAAUUCUUGGCGUCGUAGAAACGAGAUCAUCAUCGAACUACGUGGUUCGUGGAUUCACAGAUUAUUUUUACGACACUUUGUAUUCGAGCGAUCCUUAUUAUAGUGAUCCACCUGCAAUGGCUCCAUCUCCCAAAUCGGAUCCACCUUCAGAUCCUCCCAUCAUAAACUCUCGUGAUCACGGAGUUUUCGAUGUCACAGACUAUGGAGCGACACGAAAUUCCGAAACAGAGAGCAGUUCGGCAUUUCUUGAGGCGUGGGAUGAGGCCUGCAACCACGACGAUAACGAGACGACGUUUUACGUACCUGAAGGCAGAUUCCUGUUGGGUCCGAUCACAUUUAAUGGACCUUGCCGUGCCAAAUCGGCUAUCAAGAUAGAGUUGGUCGGAGAUUUAGUAGCUCUGGCCGGUUUAGAGGAGUUUCCGACAUCCGAGUGGAUUGAUUUCAGACAGCUAAACGGGAUCAUCAUCUACGGUCAGACCACCAUAGAUGGCCAAGGCGAAGGAGAAGCCUGGAAACAGAAAAGCUGCAAGAAAUCCGCCCAGUGCGACAGAUUAAUCACGUCUUUGAAACUCAGCGAUGUGUCGAAUGCAGUCGUUAGAGACAUUACUCUAUCGAACGGGAAGGCAUUCCACGUGACCAUCCAUGGAAGCCGAAACAUUACUAUCCACAAUGUCCAUAUCACUUCUCCAUGGGAUAGUCCCAACACAGAUGGAAUACACAUUAGCCACUCUUCUUUCGUCGAUAUUUCAAACUCCAGCAUCGGUGUGGGAGACGACUGCGUCUCCGUCGGACCCGGGAGCUUCAACAUAUCGGUCUCCCACCUACAUUGUGGUCCAGGCCACGGUAUCAGCAUAGGAAGCUUGGGGAGGUACAAGAACGAGGAAGACGUGAGAGGGAUUAGGGUUGAGAACUGCACAUUAAACGGCACGAGUAACGGCGUUAGGGUUAAGACAUGGCCCACGUCUCCUCCAAGCCAAGCUCGUGACAUGGUAUUUCAGAACAUUGCCAUGAACAACGUCUCUAACCCCAUCAUAAUUGAUCAAGAAUACUGCCCAUCGCAUAGCUGCAACAUGAAAUCUCCGUCUAUGGUGAAAUUGAGCGAUAUAGCGUUCAAGAACAUUAGCGGAACCUACAAUACUGAGUUCGAGGUGACGAUGUGGUGCAGCUCCGCAGUGCCGUGCGAGAAUAUCAGCCUCGCCAACGUUAAUCUCUCCGGUUUAGUGCAGUGUAAUAACCAGCAAGGCCGGUUUAGCUUAACCGGUGGUAUUCGUGGUCUUGAGGUUCUUAGCUCAAGCUUUUGAGUUUUUAUGGUCCGUCGUUGUAAUGCGAAUCAGUCUCCUAUUAAAAAUAACGAAAAGGAAAAAACAAAGGGUCCGAUUCUGAUAUUAAUUGGGCCUGUCAUAUCUCAUUACUAACAAGGGGCCCAUAUUAAAGCCCAUUAAGAAUGAU